UAAUAGUAAUAAAAGAUACAAACGCGGUCUCAUAGACGCUGGCGGAUCGUUACUAAAAACUUUUUUCGGCACUCUGGAUGCAGAGGAUGCUCUCAAGUUCUCUAAUGCAAUUGAUCAAGUAGAAACAGAUGAAAAACAACUAGCGCAUUUAAUGAGAGAUAAUAUUCACGUCAUUAAGUCAACUAUUACUACAUUCAAUAACUCUAUCUCUAAAUUAAACGAAAAUGAGCAACGUUUAAAUAAAAAUCUCGAGGUCAUUGAUAAAGGACUUCAACUUAUUUCCAACUCUAAUGAUAAGCUGGAAAUUAAGUCUAACAUUAAUUCACUAUUAAGUGCUCUUGAAAGUAUUAUUAUUUCACUAUCAUUCGAUAUAGAAGAUAUCAAUAAUGCGAUUUUAUUCAGCAAAAUGAAUGUACUGCAUCCAACUAUACUUAGUCCACAUCAAUUAUAUAACGAACUUGAACAAAAUAGGAAUAAUAUGCCAAGGUAUUACGAACUCCCGGUAUCCCUGUCGUUACAAAACGUUCAUGAACUAAUCGAUAUUUCUAGAAUUAUUUCUUAUUUUCAUAAUAACAAAAUAAUUAUCGUUAUUAAAAUCCCGCUCGUACUUCCGCAAACAUAUACUUUGUACCGCGUGAUUCCAAUGCCUGUCCCAUAUGACGUAUCGCAACCUGAUACGUUUGCACUUAUUGCUCCCGCUCAUCCUUACUUAGCAAUAACAGUCGAUCAUAUGUUCUAUUCACUGUUGCGUAGUGUAAAUCAGUGCAAAGUGAUUCCGGAUAAAUUCCAUGUGUGUGAGUUAGAAAGUGUUUUUUCAAGUGUCGUUAACCCAAUUUGUGAGACUAUCUUAAUUACGGAAGUAGUAAGUAAGUUACCUAGUUCUUGUGAAAUUAAGCUAUUAAAGGGCUCAGUACAAGUAUUUCAUAAAAUAAAUAAUAAUAAUUGGAUUUUUGUUUUAUCUGAGCCAGGCAAGUGUCAUAUUUCCUGUAAUAAUGACGGAAACAAUUUUGAUGAAACUCUGUUUGGCACGGGCUUAUUGUCAAUACCUAAAACCUGUAAAGCUUUCUUUAAAACCUUACAGUUCGUGCCACAGUCAAACGCUGUUCUCAAUGUAAGUUCACAGAUUAUUUCUAACUUUAAUCUAGUAGACGAUGACUGUUGUAAUAAAAAUAGAGUCAACAAGACACUUACCAGGUUGCCUUAUUCAAAAUUAAACGAUGUAAAUAAUUUGGAUUCUCUAUUACAAGCUAGUUUACAUUUAGAUUCAUUCGAAAAGGAAUUAGAUAGCCUUGAGAGUCCUAAUCAUUUCCAAAAAUAUGGCAUUCAUUACAUGUCUCUUUCUUAUGUACUUUUCAUUGUAUUCUUUGUAUACCUACUUUAUAGAAUCAGAAGAUAUUUUUGUCCAAAAUCAAAGGAUCAUUAUUGUAUACAGAUAUUCAAUCAAUGUAAUACUAAGAAAGUUACUGAAACUCGUCAACCUUCUGUUGAAUUAUCUGUCAUGAAUGAAAACAGCGUGGCCGAUGAUACUUACUCAUCAAUGUCAAGGCCAACGCCUAUUAAACGUAACCUUUUAGUGUCUAAGAUAAACUAGGACUUAUAAUGUUCUUAAUUCUCCUUUUAACUACUAAUAAUAUACUUAUGUUAUUGUUUAUGUCUAUCUAGAAUUAAUAGAUUGUAUUAAGAUUAUAUGCAUUAUGUUUUAUCGCUAUAAUUAUUAAGUAAUGUUUGUUAAUCUGAAACGACGUUCGAUAUUAUCUCGUGAAUUUCAAUUUCGCAUCUUUUUCUCCUAGAUGCUCCAUUUUAUCCGGGGGGCUGUUAUAUAUUAAAUAACACUAAUAAGAAUACAGUAAUAAAUAGCUGACGCUGCAGCACUUGUUUCCCAUGUUUUCCACUGACUCAGCGUAUUGGAAUAACUUAGGAAUUAUACCGGGUUUAGUCAGUGUGGUAUUGAACGUCGUCGCGGACAUAGGCUUUUCUUUUGUAGACCUUUUUCUUAAUUAAAG